AUAUAUUUUCACCUUGGGUGCAUAUCGCUGUGGAGAGGCACUCGUUUGGUUUUAGCUAGAAAUUUGACAUUCAAAUGAAAGAUAAAUGUCACUGUAACACUGAACCGCGUCUAGCUGUUCUUCGCGCAGAGAGGAAACAUGAAACAAGACGUCAGGAUACUUUUAUUGGGGGAACCCAAGGUGGGGAAGACAUCACUCAUCAUGUCUUUGGUUGGAGAGGAGUUUCCUGAAGAGGUUCCCUCCAGAGCUGAAGAAAUCACCAUCCCUGCUGACGUCACUCCGGAGAAGGUGCCUACCCAUAUAGUGGACUACUCAGAAAAAGAACAGACUGAUGAGAUCCUUAGAAAUGAGAUCAUCAAGGCUAAUGUGGUGUGUGUAGUGUAUGAUGUCACCAACGAGGACACGAUAGACAAGAUCAAAACUAAAUGGAUACCUCUAGUAAAUGGCAAUGCAGAAAAAGGGAACAAAGUUCCCAUCAUCCUUGUGGGAAACAAGUCUGAUCUUCGCUGUGGGAGCUCAAUGGAAACCAUUCUUCCCAUCAUGAACCAGUUCUCUGAGAUUGAGACAUGUGUUGAGUGUUCUGCAAAGAACCUGAAAAACAUUUCCGAGCUGUUCUACUAUGCACAGAAGGCAGUUCUUCAUCCCACUGCCCCUCUAUAUGACCCUGAAGACAAACAGCUAAAACCCUUGUGCGUCCGAGCCCUUAGCAGAAUAUUCUACAUUUCUGACCAAGACAAUGACCGAAUCCUCAGUGAUGCUGAGCUCAACAGAUUUCAGAAAUCUUGUUUUGGGAAUCCUCUGGCACCUCAAGCCUUAGAAGAUGUGAAGACAGUAGUUUGGAAGAACACCAGCGAUGGGGUGCAGGACAACGGCCUGACCCUAAAUGGUUUCUUGUUCCUUAAUACGUUAUUUAUCCAGAGGGGCCGACAUGAAACCACAUGGACCAUCCUCAGGAAGUUUGGUUAUGAUGACAACCUUGAGCUGACUGAUGAUUACCUUUAUCCUGAACUACGGGUCGCCGUCGGCUGCACCACAGAAAUCAAUCAUUUAGGCUACCAGUUUCUCCAGCAGCUCUUCAACAAGUAUGAUGAAGACAAAGACUCUGCCCUGUCACCGGCAGAGCUUAAGAACCUGUUCUGUGUAUGUCCUUACAUGCCAUGGGGUGCUGAGGUCUACAUGACUGUGGCAACCACAGACGAGGGCCACAUCUCUAAUCACGGCUACCUUUGUCAGUGGAUGCUUUCUGCAUACCUUGACAUCCACCGUUGCCUGGAGCACCUAGGAUACCUAGGCUACCCUAUCCUCACUGAGCAGGAGUCACAGACUUCGGCAAUCACAGUGACACGGGAGAAAGAGGUGGACCUAGAGAAGCACCAGACACAGCGGUCAGUGUUUCUGUGCAAGGUGAUCGGACCACGGGGGACGGGAAAGACAGCCUUUCUCCAGGCCUUUGUGGGCCGCAACAUUGUGAAUCAAGGAAAUUCCAGCAGUGCCUUCUCCCCCUAUACCAUAAACACUGUCCAAGUCAGCAACCAGGACAAGUACCUUAUCCUCAAUGAGGUGGAUGUAGAGGCGGAGUUCCUGAAGGCAUCAGACGCCUCCUGUGACGUUGCUUGUCUCAUGUAUGACACCAGUGACCCACAUUCCUUCGACUAUUGUGCCAGUAUAUACAAGCAACACUACAUGGAGAGCAACAUCCCAUGUGUCCUGGUGGCUUCAAAGGUCGACCUACCUGAAAUCAAGCAGCUCCACGGAAUGACCCCAGCAGAGUUCUGUUAUAAACACCGACUGCCUCCACCACUGCCCUUCUCCAGCCAGUUCCUCGACUCCACAAGCAAGAACAUCUACACCAGGCUUGCCUGGGCAGCAAUGUACCCACACCUGAACGGUUCAGACAUGAGCAACACAUCCUUCUGGCUGAGAGUGGCGUUGGGCUCGGCUGUGGUUGCAGUUCUGGGCUUUGCUAUUUACAGAGCUGUUGCUAGACUGAAAUGACCAACAACCAGCUGCGCUUUAUCAUUUCAAGAUGACGUACGCUCCCUCCAUCCAUCAAGACCAAACCUCCAAGACCAGAUCCAGACCCACCGCAGUGAACUAGAUGAAGGCUGCAUUAUUUUAUUUAUCAUCAUAAAGGCUUCCAGGAAACUUUUCAUAUCUCUGCCCCUCUUGGUGUCUGACUUUUUCACUUUGUCCUACCCUCUGAGUCAACAGAUCACAAAAAUCCAAAGGCAAUUGGAAGUUAGUGAUCAUGUUAUUCUCCUUGCUGCCGUGCCCAGCUUUUUCUGCCUUACAUUGUCUAACCAGGCUAAGUAGGAGUUAGCCUGUCUUCGCUCAGAACUGCUACUGUUAAUGUCCAAAUGGGUGCUUUAUCAGAACAGAGGAAAUGCACAAAGACAGUAGUGUCAAAUCCACUGCUUUCCCCUCAAUUAUCUGUAAGAGUUGAUGGUGAGAUUUGAGAGUUUUAAUGUACAUGCAGUGUUUCCUAAGCAUAUGAGAGAAAUGCCAAAUUGACAAGACUAAGGAACCAAAGGGCAGCACAUGAAGCAUUUUUAACAGAGGACGUCCUGACUGGCUGCUGCUGAAACUCCUCAAUGAGCAACACUUUCCUUUCUGACCAAGACACCACAGAUACAAGAUGUUCAUGUCUGAUUUGCCAAAUAACUCCCAGCAGCAAUGAGUAGUCAUAGCAUGUGAUUUGCGUAUUAGGCAUACCAUUUUGCCUGAGAGUGAAACAUUUUAAAUUGCUUGAAUCUUAUUGUUGAAAUGUUUUUAGCAGUAAGGCAUCCACUGAUCUGCUGUGGCAGGGAGAGAUUUCUCUUAGUGCAUGGAGAAAAAUGGCAAUCCAUAUAAUAUGCAUCUGCAAGUAAGCAAGAAAUAUUUUCUCCUAUAAAAGGAGAUAAAGCAGAUCUUAAAAUGACAAAAUCAUUAAGAAGAAUCUGGUCAGAUCUCUGCUUUCACUCCAUCUGUUCACAUUGAAAUCAAAUUAAUUUUAACUGAGACUGAAAUAGAUUUGUAAUCUGUGCUUUUUCUAUUCACAUACACCUGACACUGUGCAUACACUGACCAUUUUACAUAAUCUGCCAUUGCAUUGUUCUCCAACAUGAGUCAGUCAUGUUAAUGUCCAUUUUUGUUGAUAUGUUUUGCUGGUGAUCUGCUGUUUCUGCAGGACACAAUUCUGCGACUGAAAAUAUGGCUGUUUUCUUACUGAAAGUGGACUGAUUUAGAUGCUUAAUAAAAGACCAGACCAGA